CUCUUCAUCGGAUUGAAAACAGUGAUUCGUAAAAAUAAUUUGGAAAAAUAAAAAGGCCUCGUAGUUCAAAAUCUGAUACAUACACCUCUGACUCUUGAGAUUUAGACUGAAUUAUGAAAUGCAGAAAAAGAACACUCCAUCAAGUAUAUAUUUGGAUAUGCAGGUAUGAGAUGGAGCUUCAUAUUGUCCAUAUGAGCUCCAAUGAUGAAGCAAUUGCUGUUACAGGAAUUUUAUACAAAUAUGGCCGACCUGAUCCUUUCCUUGCCAAGCUGCUGGAACACAUCAAAUCGAUUGGGAAGGAAGAAAAGGUGCUAGGCAUAGUGAACUCAGGAGACAUCAAGUUUGGGAGCAGAAAGUACUACAGAUACAUGGGUUCUCUUACAACCCCUCCAUGCACAGAGGGUGUUGUUUGGACAAUACUCAACAAGGUGAGAACAGUUUCAAGGGAGCAAGUUAAAGCAUUAAGGGAUGCUGUCCAUGAUGGAUUUGAGGCAAAUGCAAGGCCAAUACAACCACUGUAUGGAAGAAGCAUUUUGUUCUACACUCCUAAGAUAGGAUAAAUAAAAUCAAUACUCAACUCUACAACCAAGGUUCUGUAGUGUAUGUUCUCAAAUAAGUAUCUAGGAUGGCAUUGCCUGCCUCCAUUUUAAAAGUAAAUGAGUUUAUAGAACAAGGCUUUACGCCUGGUAUUAUUUGUCUUCACC